UUCUAUCGCUGCUGAAUGAUUGAGGACGCUUGCUACGGUCCGGGCGGAGUGACCGAGUCGAUCAGCCUGCGAAAGAGCGCUCUGAAGGCGCGCAUCGAGCAGCAGCGCGAGCUCAUCGAGGCAUUCGACCGUGCCCAGCUCAAGCAGCAGCAGCAGGAAGCCGCAGCAGCAGCCGCAGCAGCAACGGCGUUGGCGGCAAUGCAGUCCCAGUCAAACUCGGUCCACUCGACGCCACGCAGCUCGGGCUUCUUUGGAGCGUCUGCCGCCGCGUUGCUGUCAUCCAGCAGCUCAAGCACGGCGUCGCUCAACCGACAGUCCGCUACCGCCGGAGCAGGCGCAGGAUUCAACAGUCUCGACUACUCCGACAUGCGAUUGAGCUUGAGCAGCUCGACACCAGCACUCCACCACCAACAACAACAGCAGCAACAGCAACAACAACAACACCAACAACAACAGCAACAACAGCAAGACCCUGCGCAGUGGUACGCCGAGCAGACCGAGCUGCUCGAACAACUCAAGGCCGAGCUGCAGCUGCUCCGCGAGCAGGGCGACGAGUUCAACCUGAUCAUGCACCGCGUCCCACACAUUCUGAGAAUCACUGCACAAGGCCGACUUGUGAUUUACCGUGACCAGGACAGCGAAUCGGAGGUCCGGUUCAUUGACGAGCUCAUCCGCGUCCGGCCGCUGGACAAUCUGCGGUCGCUCCCGGAAACGUCCAUGGGUCGAUUCGCGCUUGAAUGGGCCCCGUCGACUGCUCCAAGCAGCCUGGUUGGAGGCGGCAACAGCGCGGGCGCAAGUGGCGGAAGCAAUGCAAGUAGUUCUGGCAGCUCGAGCGGGAACACGAGCAGUGCCUGGUCGACGAUGCAGUUUUCCAUUUCGACGCCGGACGAGUUCUUUGAGCUGAUUGGCUGCCAUCUGAAGCGGUACAACACGCGCAAGGUCAAGCAAAUCCGACGGCUGCAGGAGCUGUUUUCGCAAUCGCAGCUGGAAGUGGAUCGCACCUAUCCGCAGAUUGAAGUCUUGCUCGAGCGGCUGUGGACGGCCAUCUUUCCGCACGAUCCGUCAACAUCGCGCGCUCCACACCAGUGGAAGCUGCUUGGCUUCCAGAAUAACAACCCGGCCACGGACUUUCGCUCGAUGGGUUUGCUAGGACUGCAGUGUCUGACCUACUUUGCGGAGACCUUUCCGGUGGUCUUUCGCAAUCUGGUUGCGGCAGACCGCGAGUACCCCAUUGCUGCGGCGUGCAUCAAUAUUGCAGCGCUGAUUUGCCAAGAAUUGCAUCUCAGUGACAAGCUCAUGCAGGAGCCCGUGUCAUCGCCCAAGUGGCAUUCGCCAUUGCUCACGCUCAUCUGCUACCUCGACCACGAGUUUGCCUUCCACGAAAUCUUUUGUGCUGUCUUUGAGCUCUUUGACCGGGUUUUCGUCAGCUGCAAUGCGGGAUACAUGAACUUUCAAGACGUGCGGCAUCGCGUCAAGACCAUCAUGCUCCAAUGCCUGGACAUGCGUCCACUGUCCAUGCUCGAACUGCGGUUGCUCAUCGAUCGACUGUACCCACGACCAUGGCGGUAAAAAAAGUGUCCAUUGGAAGAGAGGGGGGGGGAAACAGUGUAAUAAUUUAUUUCUUGUUUACGUGCACGCA